AUGCCGAUGGGAUCUCGGGGCCGGUACGGGCGGUCUCCGUGUCCUUCCCGCUGCGAUCCAGCGGCCGCUCCCGGGCAGCGUCGUUCUCCUGGCGGGCGCGGCAGCGGCACAGCACCGGCUCCCUGCCGCCGCAGCCGGAGCGUGCCCGGAGCCCCGGCGGGACCCAGCCCCGCGCCGGCCGCAGCCAGAGCGGCGCCGCCUGUCCCGGAGCGGCUCCUCCCGCCCGCGGUGAUGCCGGUCCCGAUCCCAGCCCGGAUCCCCCCUCGAUCCUUCGGCCCCAGCACCCCGGGUACCUACCCCAGUACCCUGCCCGCCGAGGAAAAAGCGGCUCGGCCCAGCUCCCACGGGGAAUACCGGCGGGACCGGGACCCGAAUCCCCGGGCCCAGAUCCCAAUCCUACCUGAGCGCCUCGGUCCCCGCGCAGCAGCCGCAGCAGCAGCCCCCGAUCCGGAUCUCCGCACCGCGCUCCGACCGCCGCAUCCCGAUCCCGGGGCCUUCGCUCGGGAGCCUCGCUCGGCGCCGUGCGAGCCCCGCCCGACGGCCGCUCCCGCGGGGACCGCUCGGAGCCCGGGGCGCUGCGGGGGGGCCGUGACCGUGGCCCGGGGGCCGAGCGCCGCCUGGGUCUGCCGGGGGUCCCGGGCGGUGCCGCCUGUCGCCCGUCGGUAUCGGGACCGGGACGGCAGGAGCCUGGCUUUCCUGAGCCCGCAGAGCCCCGUCCCGGUGUCUCCCCCGCGUCCCGGUGUCACCUUCCGCGUCCCGGCGCCGCGGGCGGGAGAGGCGGACAGGGAGCGAGAACCGCCGGCCCCGCGUUCCCGUCCCGCUCCGUCGGGCCCCGGCCCGCCUGCCCGCCCCAGGGUCCCCGAGCAGCGGCCGGGACCGCCCAGGCCCGGGGACACCGCGGCUCCCGCCCCGCCUCCUGCCCCCGGCACCUCCCCGGGAACGGCCCCGGGGCCUCCGGAGCCCGAGAGCGCGGCGGGGGCCCGGCCCGAGCCCCCGAACGCCGCGCUCCCGGCUCGUCACCCGCCGCCCAUCGGCGCCGGGGAGAGGCCCCGCCGGUGUCCCGGCUCCGGGAAGAGCCUCGGCCGCAGCUCGGGCUCCGCUGCGGAGCCCCACGAGGGAGCGCCCGAGCGCCGCUCUCAGCCCCGAAGCCGCCCCCGUGAGGCCGGGGCCGGGCCCGGACAGCGCCGGGCCGGGGCUCCCGUUCCGAGCGCUCGCACGCAGGAUUCGGGCUCUGUGCCCGGGCCCAAAAUGCAGCGCUUGGCCUCUGCUGGCAGAAAACCACGGGUGGGAUCAGAAGGCCGGGAGCCUCCCCUGACAGGACGCCACAGAACGCAGCCCAUCUGCAAUACCGCGUUAUCCCAGCAGUGCCAUAUCCCGUUAUCCCAGCCGGGUUUGCUGUGCCGCCUCCGGCUCACGGAGCGAUGCCGCUCGCGGCUCCCGGCGCUCCCGCGGCGCAGGAGCAGCCCCGGAUCCGCUCGGCCCGCGGGAACCGGAGCGGUGCCCGGUGCCCGGGCCGGAGCGGCAGCAGCGGGUGAGGAUCCGGGCGCUCCCGCCCGGGCCCUGAGCUCGGGCCGAGGGAGCUCCCAGCUGCGGCUCCCCAAGGACGGCCGCGCUCCCGUGCCACGGCAGCCGCCCCGCCUCUCUCGGGGACAGCGGCAGCUCUGGGAGAGGAACCGGAGCCCCGGCGGGCGGGGCUGGGCAGCGCCGGCACUGAGCCCCCCGCGGUCUCUGCUCGGGCUCCGCCAGGAGGAGGAGGCGGACGGGAGUGCCCGGGAGGAGCCGGCACUGCCGGCCGACAGCGCUGGGCCCGAGGGGAGAACUUGCUCUGUCUGUGCUCCUUGA